AUGCAGACUUAUCUUUCGCUCGGAAGAUGUGCUGCCUUUAUUGCAGCAUCCGUGCUUGCAGCUGAAGCUGCCAAAGCCACAUCGCUGUCAGGCCGGGCCUCCUUGUUACGCAGCCUCACUAGUGGGGACAAGCUGCCCGUGAGCCUGGAGAACAUCGAAACCGCGCUUCUUGCCCUUGAGAAGCAGCGAGGAACGCCAGGAUUGACAAAUACAGUCACAGAGAUUCACAAGAUGGUAACGCACAUGGAGAUGAUGGUACAGCAACAGGCAAGGUUGACUCAAGAAACCCUUGAUCAGGCUUGGUCUGAUUUCACGUCUUGCCAAGGGCUCUAUGAGGCUGCUUCACACGACCUGCAAUCUGUGGACAGCUUAGCGAAGGAUCAUGCCAAGUGCCGCCUCGAAGAGUCCAGUUUGAAGAUUGAGCUGGAGGCUUGCGAGAGUGAGUUGACGGCACGAACGUCAAGUGAAGUCCAGCGCAAGAACGAGUUUGAUGCCUUGAACAAAUUUCCAGCCAGUGGAUUCUGCAACCACCGAUCGAACUCCCACGAGUAUGCCACCGUCCGAGGUUACAUCAAACAUUUUCGCGAUCACUUUGCGUCACAGCUAAACUCGUGGGAAAGUGCCUUCAACGCUUCAAACACUGCCGCGCAAAUGAAGCUUGAGAAGGCUCGUGAAUGUUAUGGUGGAGACCAGAAGCGUGAUGGAAUGGGUGGCAAAGAUGCUGCUUACAACGCCAAACGGCUUGACUGUCAGAAGCUCCAGGUCAGGCUUGAGGAUGCGGCAUGUGAUCGAAUAGCCCAUCGAACGGAUUGUGUUGCGUAUGUCAUGUGCUAUCAGUCCAAUUUCAAGGCCUUCUUCGAUGAAGGCAAGGCAAAGGAAACGGCCCUCUUGCAGUCGCAGAAACAGCACACCGAGUACCGUGGCCUUGGAAGAAUCAAAUGUGUACUCGAUGCCUAUUCCAAGUACGCAGAUGGGGACUCGCUGACGCAGUCAAUCGCAGAUUGCCAAAAGGGAGAUGCCGACCAGACCUUCGUCCAGAUUGAGCUUCCAGACAAGAAGCCCGGGGCUAUGCCCGCGAACAAUACAGGCUGCCUAAGCCAGAAUUCUGCUGAGAAGCCAGGCACCCAAGCCUUUACACAGGAGAUGUACAAGAAGCUCAUCUCCCCAGAUGAUGCUGUGCAUUGGGACAACGUCAAACAAGAUGUCUUGACCUGCCGAGGAAGAUGCUGUGCAUCACCUGCUGAAGCAACCGUUUAG